AUGCUUCCACAAAUCCAUCAGCAUACUCACUUUCCGGUGUCGACUAAUGGUUCAACUGGAUCUCCUCCGAAUAACACGCUUCCGCCACCAAUCAUUCCUUACUCACUUCUCUCUGCAUUUUAUUCACUCUCAUCCGCCAACAUUUCAACGUCCCCGGAAAUUAAUGAAGGCGAAAAGGUAAAAGCGGUGGGACGAUCAUAUAAUCCGGGUCGACCACUUUGUCUCGAAGAUCGGAAGAAAAUUGUCAGGCUGUAUGAGGAAGGUUGUCGUGUUAGCCACAUUGCUCGUCUCAUUGGAGUUACACACAGUUGUGUAAGUAAGAUAAUGUCAAGAUAUCGACGAACAGGAAGUGUCCAACCGAGAAGCUUCCGUGCAACUGAGAACCAAGAAAAUGACAAUGCAACGUGGCAGCAACAGCAGCUGAAGCAACAACAAAAGAAGGAAAAGCCAUUGCCAUUUUCAAUAGAAAGAAUCUUGUCACCCGACAUCAAAAAAGAAAUCGGUACAUAUCCACGAGUCAUCUCCCAGUGAACAAUUCUUCCUCUUCUAUCAGAUCUUUACUUCUCUAUGCAAUGAUAAUCUCCAUACCAAUGUUCCUUUCCCUCCCCAAAAACCACCCCAUUUAACCCCCAUGACAUCAACCAAUAAAGAAGUAGUGUGCCAAAGGACUGGCAGGAUGAAAAAA